CCAAAAUCAGAAGUAACCUAGGGUUUUGAGAUUUAUAUGUAUGCUGUCUGUCCCAGUGCCUCCUCUACGGCACUCGUUUUCGUUCUCGUUCUGGUUUAUAGAUCUUUGCGAAGGAGGUUUACAGCGCUCAACCAAAGAUGCAGAACGAGGAAGGACAGAUCACUGAGCUUUACAUUCCUAGGAAGUGCUCCGCCACAAACAGAUUGAUUACCGCUAAGGACCAUGCUUCGGUUCAGAUCAACAUUGGGCAUGUGGAUGAGAAUGGCGUCUACAAUGGCCAUUUCUCCACUUUUGCCCUCUGCGGAUUCAUCCGUGCUCAGGGUGAUGCUGACAGUGCUCUAGACCGCUUGUGGCAGAAGAAGAAAGUUGAAGUUAAGCAACAGUAGACACCCAUGAUAGUUUGUUACUUCGUUAUGUAUUAAUUUCUACUCUUGCUAGAGAUAUUUGAGUACUAUGAUUGUCGUUUUGAGCACAAAUACUCAUUCUGAAUUUUCGUCGGCAUUUGGUGCCUCCAGCUAAGGUGGUUACUUUUUUGACAGUUUGCCAGUGCGUUGAUAAAUAUUCUGUCAUAUUUCAAUCAUAUAAAUUUUGUUACCGUGGAUUU